UGUCCCUGAAUUCCCGGCCCCGCAGCUUUUAGGCCUCAUGGCGGUCCGAGCGUCGUUCGAGAACAACUGUGAGAUAGGCUGCUUUGCUAAGCUCACCAACACCUACUGCCUUGUGGCCAUUGGGGGAUCAGAGAACUUCUACAGUGUGUUCGAGGGUGAGCUCGCCGAUACCAUCCCCGUGGUACACGCGUCCAUCGCAGGCUGCCGGAUCAUCGGGCGUAUGUGUGUGGGGAACAGGCAUGGUCUCCUGGUGCCCAACAACACCACUGACCAGGAGCUGCAGCACAUCCGCAACUGCCUCCCCGACUCAGUCCAGAUCCGUCGGGUGGAGGAACGGCUCUCGGCCCUGGGCAAUGUCACCACUUGCAACGACUACGUGGCCUUGGUCCACCCAGACCUGGACAGGGAGACAGAAGAAAUCCUUGCUGAUGUGCUCAAGGUGGAGGUCUUCAGACAGACAGUGGCUGACCAGGUGCUAGUAGGAAGCUACUCUAUCUUCAGCAAUCAGGGAGGGCUGGUGCAUCCCAAGACUUCAAUUGAAGACCAGGAUGAGCUGUCCUCUCUCCUUCAGGUGCCCCUUGUGGCGGGCACGGUGAACCGAGGCAGUGAGGUGAUCGCUGCUGGGAUGGUGGUGAACGACUGGUGUGCCUUCUGUGGCCUGGACACCACCAGCACGGAGCUAUCAGUAGUGGAGAGUGUCUUCAAGCUCAAUGAAGCCCAGCCCAGUGCCAUUGCCACCAGCAUGCGGGAUUCCCUCAUUGACAGCCUCACCUGA